CGAGCGGAGGGAAGAUGGCGGAUGUUUGGAGUGAGGAGAUUCAUGAGAGCAGCUGAUAAAGAGAAACACGAACAGGAGAACGGGAGAACGGAGCGGGCGACGGACGGACACCGGGACACACCGGAGCAUACCGGACACACCGGCACACCGGACACAGGUCCACAACGGAUGAUGUCCCACUGUUCAGACGGGGAGGACAGCUGUGCGGUCGCCAUGGAGCUGGAGGAGGACGGAGCUGACCUGAAGGCGGAGCACAGUAUGGCCGAACUGCCGGAGGAGGUGCUGGAGUACAUCCUGUCCUUCCUGUCGCCCUAUCAGGAGCACAAGACGGCCGCCCUCGUCUGCAAACAGUGGUACCGCCUUAUCAAAGGUGUGGCGCAUCAGUGUUACCAUGGUUUCCUGCGGGCCAUUCAGGAGGGCAAUAUCCAGUGGGAGAGUCGCACAUACCCAUAUCCUGGAACCCCGAUCACUCAACGCUUCUCUCACAGUGCGUGUUAUUACGACUCUAAUCAGUCGAUGUACGUGUUCGGCGGCUGCACUCAGAGCAGCUGUAACGCGGCGUUCAAUGACCUGUGGCGUCUGGACCUCAACAGUAAAGAGUGGAUCCGCCCGCUGGCCUCAGGCUCGUACCCGUCUCCAAAAGCGGGCGCCACACUGGUGAUGUAUGGGGAUCUGCUGGUUCUGUUUGGUGGCUGGACGAGGCCCAGUCCGUACCCGCUGCACCAGCCAGAGCGCUUCUUCGACGAGAUACACACAUACUCACCCUCCAAGAACUGGUGGAACUGUAUCGUGACGACUCACGGGCCGCCGCCGAUGGCUGGACACUCGUCCUCUGUGAUCCGCAGCACGAUGGUGGUGUUCGGCGGCUCACUGGGGGCACGGCAGAUGAGUAAUGAGGUGUGGGUUCUGGAUCUGGAGCAGUGGACCUGGUCUAAACCGACCAUCAGUGGCCCGUCACCUCACCCGCGUGGAGGACAGUCUCAGAUCGUUAUGGACGAGGAGACGCUGCUGAUUCUGGGUGGCUGCGGAGGACCAAACGCGCUGCUGAAGGACGCCUGGCUUUUGCACAUGAGCACCCCCUGCUGGACAUGGCAGCAGCUGCGGGUGGAGAAUGAGGAUCAUGGAGCGCCGGAGCUCUGGUGCCAUCCGGCCUGCAAGGUGGGCCAGUGUGUGGUGGUGUUCUCCCAGGCUCCGUCAGGUCGGGCCCCUCUGAGUCCCAGUCUGAACUCUCGGCCGUCCCCUAUCAGCUCCACCCCGGCUCCUCUGGGGCCCGACCCACCGUCCCUGCGGUCCCAGUCUCCGGUGCGCAGCGGGGCGGCGGGAGCGGUGCUGGGAGCGGUGGAGGAGGCCCCGUGUGUGAACGGCCGCUGGGGAACUCUGCGGCCCCGAGCGUCAGCGCGAGCGUCCUCGUCCUCGUCUCCCUCGCGGGGCCCUGACAGCCCUCCGCUCCUCAAUGGGGCCUCGCCGUCCCCGCACACCAGCCCUGUGCAGCAGCCCUCGCCUCCCGCCCGGCCCCCGGGCCCCGCAGACCUCAGCUGGGACGGCUCUCCGCCGAGCGCCAACGGGCUGCACACGCCACCGGGGUCCCCGCGGACGCCCCCAGGAGCCGUGUCUCCAGCAGCGCUGCGCAGGGGUCUGGAGGCAGUCAAAGCCUCGUCCUCUCUGCCAUCCCCGCCGCCCGCACCGCAGCCGGGCCCCUCGGCCCCCAGCGGGACUCCCCCGGCCCCCGCCAGCCCCCCGCCCAUUGCCCGCCGCCUCGGGCACCACCCGCCGCAGAGCCUGAACGUGGGCAAGCCGCUGUACCAGGCACUGAGCUGCAAGCCCAUGCAGAUGUACCUGCUGGACGUGUCGCGGGCGCGGACGCAGGGCGUGGUGGCGUGGCGGGUGUACGGCAGCGGCGGGGCCCCCAGCGCUGUCACCGGGCCCCCCGAGACCAGCCUGCACACCGUGGUCCAGGGCCGCGGGGAGCUCAUCAUCUUCGGCGGACUCAUGGACAAAAAGCAGAACGUCAAAUACUACCCCAAAACCAACGCCUUGUACUUUGUGCGCGCGAAGAGGUAAUGGAGGAGCCGCUGCGCUGCCGUACACUGACUGACCUUACACACCGACACCGGACACGCAGACACACUGCUGCUCCAACUACCGGGAUGAGUGACGCUUCGUGUGCGUGUGUGUGCGCGUGUGUGCGCGCGUGCUGUUUUUGGUGGUUUAUGAGGACACACAUUGUUAAAUUCAGACACUCUUAUUUAACAGGCUUCACACUCUGAGUCUCCCUCAGGGCUGCUGUUGGGCUGGGUCAGGGCGUGGACGGCGUAAUAACUGAAUAAUACUGUAGAACAUGCAUUACGCCUACGGUAAGUCCUCAUAAACCACCAACACUAGCGUGUGCGUGUGUGUGUGUGUGUGUGUGAGAGAGAGAGGACUCUAGAAGGGAAUGUUGUCUUGUUUCUGUUGUAUUUCACCCUCAGAAACGCUGAUCUGACUGGAGGAAAGAAACGACUGUAGGAGGAACAGAUGAAAUGGACCUUUUUUACCGCUCUUUCAGCCUGCAUUGUUUACAUUAAACGUGUGUGCGUGUGUGUGUGUGUGUGUGUGUGUGUGUGUGUGUGUGUGUGUGUGUGAGGUGCUGUGGAGGGAAUGAGACUGUGGAUUGUAAACAGAAAUAAAGUUCUCCAUGUCUUAAUUCUCUGA